GGUAGUGCUGCAGAAGAUUUAAAGUGCCUUGAACCCGAUGAUGUUGGCGACGUGGAUAUCGUUAUUUUUCCGAAUUGUGACAACUUAAUAAUCGACGAAGAGAUGAUUGAAUGUUCGCCAAGAAAUCCACUUCACGUCAGAAUCAAAGGACAAAAUCAUCCUGUGUUGAAGUCCUGUCUUGCAGAAAACACUUGUUACGUGGCUACGUCAGCCUUGAAAAAUUUCAAUUCCAACAUUUAUGGCAAGUCGGGGUCUCGUUUGUUUAAGUUCAUUAUUCAAAGUCUUCAACAGAUAAAGUCUCAAGACACUUUUCAAAGUACUUGCCAUUUGAAAAACAAAGUUGACGGCCCAGCUGUAACACUAGAUUUUGCCCAGUCAGCUCAAGACGCGCAAGAUUUGCCGAAUGUUUACGCGGCUCAGUGGGAGUGGCUGAUUCGUCAUUUGUGUUCAGCAAGCGGAAAGCUUCAUACAAGGGAACACGCUGAAAUUGUCAAGGUUGCUUCCCAGUUCUCGAGUGGAGUACUAUUUUCUGCUACCUGUGGCAAAGGUCUCACUUUUGCAUCCAAGAUUUUAUCGUUUGCAGAUUUUUACUGUAGCGGCAGAGGUCAAGACUUAAGAGGCAGAUUUCGCGAUGCAACCCGAGGACAAAUCAAAACAAGGCGAGAAACGAAAAGCUGUUUGGCCCAUGUGCGCAAUGUUGAUCAACAAUCUCUCAAACAAGAAUACGAUUACGGAUAGGUAAGCUCAAGGCACCCUAUAAGCUGGUUUGAUGGGACUCUUACGGAGCCUUGUAACUCACCAAAAAAGGCUGAAGAUGAUCACAGAUCAGCUAACGAGUUGAAGCAAUCAAACAAGCUCCAGGUUGAUCAUCUGGCCCGAACUGUGGCUGAAGCAAAGGGAAAUUCUUCAAUAGAAGAUGAAGACGCUGGCAAACUAAAUUUCGACCAGCAGGUUGGCGGACUUGAUUUUGUGCCUGCUCUAAGGUCCCAUGGCUGGCCCAAAGUUGCAAGGGAAUGGAUCAAAAGAGAACGUAAAUGGCCUUCGCAUACCAUGGUUGAAAGUGUUAUUCAGGAGGGAUUUCAUUUGGUUGUGAAACCUCCAAAGAACGGUAAUCCGGAUUGCGACUUCAGGAUCUCCUUUGGCCAUGCAGAGUAUUUGUUAAGCCAAGAGAUGAAUGAAAUUCAGCGCAAGUGUUACCGAUGUCUGAAGAGAUACCAUCGAGCUUAUCUUGCUGUUGACCCGAAAGGCUUGGUGACUUUUCACCUUAAACAUAUUCUUCUGCAAACUAUUGAAGAAACUGGCGCGAAGGUAUGGACGGAGAACAACAGAGCCGAGUGUAUGCUGAAGCUCCUUGGAAACCUUUUAGAGGCUCUUCGGAAGAGGGAGUUGCGACAUUUUUUUGUGAGAUCAUACAACCUGUUUGGCGGCGACUACAUUGAAAGUCCCAACAUUUUGGGUUCUUUAGCUGGAAAAGUUGAGCAGAUCAUAAACAAUCCGAUACAAUUUGCCAAAGCGAUCACCCAGAAACGAGAAUCUGAAGCAAGUCAGAAAGAAAAACGAGUUCCAACCAGAGAUUUAACUGGGUGUGCGAAAAGUUCCUCAGCU